CAUUAGUAAGAUUGUCUCAUCACAGCGUGACAGCUUUCUCCAGUGUUCUAGUCUGAUCUUCGUCUAAGUGCCCAUCAAGAGCACAUCAUCUAGAACUAUAAACUUUAGGAAACUUAUAAACUCUUAUAUAACAAACCAUAUUUCUUUUUUGGUCUGUGACUGUGAGUAAGAUAAGUAUUGGAGUGCUUUUAGCAAACAGAUUUUUCAGAUUGAUAAGUUUAUGUCUAUUGUGAACAGUACGGGAUUAUUGGAUUAUUUUACUUUGGCUGUUGAGAGGAAUAGAAGAAUUACUCUAUAUAUACUCAGACUCCCCUGGUGAGGUAGAUUAGGGCGUCAUCACUUCCCCACUGCCUGAAAUAGGCAUCCCAUCAUUCCCCUGGUAACCUUGGAUGCACCGCCAUCACCAUGCCAUCACUGGACUACUACGACGUUCUCGAGGUGUCGAGAUCAGCCCCAGAUGCAGAGAUCAAGAAAGCCUACAAGAAAAUGGCCCUAAGGUGGCACCCAGACAAAAACCCAGACAGAAAAGAGGAGGCAGAGAAAAAGUUCAAGGAGAUCUCAGAGGCAUAUGAAGUACUAUCAGACGCUAAGAAGCGUGACUUGUAUGACAGAUAUGGCAAGGACGGUCUCAAUGACGCAGACAUUGACUUUGGAGGCUAUGACACUGGGUUCCACUUCACAUUCAGAGACCCGGAGGAAGUGUUCCGGGAAUUUUUCGGGGGCCGAGAUCCUUUUGAAGACUUUUUCGGAGGGAUUGGAGGCAGACAGCAGAGGGGGAGAAAUCGCACAGAUCGCCGUACUGAUUUGUUCCAAAAUUCAUUUCCAGGCUUUCCAAGCUUCGGCUUCAUGGGAGGAGACAUGGACCCCUUUGCGGGGUUCGGAGGGUCAAAUAGACGCAGGCGCCGCAACCCAUAUCACCAUCACCACCACCGCCAUACUGUCCAUGGCCUCAAUAUCCCCUCUCUUCUGAGGCAUUUCAACCAACCAGAAUCUAGCAUUGCAGACAGCCCAUUCUUUGGAUCUCAGGGGCUGUUCUCUCAUAGAGAGAGGCAGCCAGGAAGUAGAGGUCAACAGGUGCAACAAGCUGACAACCAGAGUUUCACCACAUUCUCGGGUUCUGCAUUCAGUGGACCAAGGCAGGGUGGAAACUUCAGGUCCACAUCCACAUCCACGAGAUUUGUCAAUGGGAAGAAAGUAGUAACAAAAAAAGUUGUGGAAAAUGGUGUGGAAACAGUUACUGUAGAAGAGGACGGAAAGGUCAAAUCAAAAACUGUAAAUGGACAGCAAGCAGAGGCCAUAUCAUAUUGAAAGCAACAACAGCACUUUAUUCUAUAGAAAAUACUGUAUCAACAUUGACUGUGCCAUAGUCAGAGUUGCCAGUGUCUUCAGUUCUAAAAUGUGUCCAUCUGGCCUCAGUUUCACAAAAUAAAAAAAAAUAAAAAAACUUUAGUCAGUUCCCUAGCUUAGUUGACUAGAAUAUCCGUGAGAGUGCUGUUACACUGCUCCUGAUAGGGCAAGAUGUGUCCAUGUGACCAUGUUACCUUGGUAAUUAAGUUUUUAGCAAGGGAACUUGACUUCAGUUUUUUUGUGAAACUGGGGCCUGUUGUUUAUUGAUGUGUGAUGAGCAGGCUCAGUGAACAUGGUCCUCGGGAUCUUUCAGUAGGGGCUCAGAUUUAACUUCAAUCAAAUGGAUGGAUUUUCUUUAAAUCUGAAUGGACUUAAGGCGAUGGUUAACCAGGACGGCUGUAUCCACCUUGAUAAAUAACAGAAUACGACACUUGAAGGCGAAGAAAAUCAAUUGGUUGAAAAGGAAAAAA